CCUUGUUUCCAGGUGGCAACUAUUGAUUUCCUGACAUUUCUUCGUUGUUAUUUCCACUGCUGUUUUACUCGGACGAGGUUUGUUGUGGUGGUGUACUGCUAUUCAAGAAUCGGGGUUCGUAUCAUGGCCGAGCUGGAUAUUCAGUAGGAUUCUUUGCAGGGAGUAUGGGCUGGGGCCAACAGAACACCAAGCAAGAGCAGUGGAUGCAACUUCACCACACCCGACUAGACUUCCGUAAAAGCAAUGACGUCAUACGUUUAAAAACGUCAUCUUAACGUUGAAAAGGAAAAUCGACGCAAUCAAAGUUCCCUAUUAUGUGCACUUCGUCAUCAUAACUUGUUAUUGGAGUUGUUGACAUGCAUUUGAGAACGAUCGAAUGUGUCAACGUAUCUUGCCGCAGUCGUAAAGAGACUUCAGUUAGUAUGACCAAGUCUGUGACCUCGAAAAGCAGUUUUCAUACAGCCGAAUUGUCCAAUCGCAGUCGUUUAAUUCUGCAUCGCCGUCGACUUGCAGGAGAAAUGAGGCAAUCACGAGGAACUACUUUUGUGGAGACUUGUUUUUUUCAGGAUAUACUUGGUAUUUGAGCUGCUGAUAUAGAUUUCCUCUCCACUCCCUACAUCCUCGCCAAAGUCCGGCAAUGUAUCCCUCCAUUCCAUUCCGAAUGGCCCUAGCGAGAAGAAGAGGAACUAAAGGCUUUACAUUUUUUGUCUUCGUGAUUUCUAGUGCAUUUCUCGCCGCUUAUUGCUUCAUCUUCUACGAGAAAUGGUCACCGGACUUUAAAAUCGACCAAACUGGGCGGCAGAAACCCUUUGAGCGUCAAACAAUAAGAAGGGAGAAACUUCCGCGCGUACUGAUCCUAACCCUACUUCAUAACUCGGAGAAAAAGCUGCCGCACUAUUUUGAACUGGUGAACGGCCUGAGCUACCCCAAGGAGUUAAUUUCCCUAGUCCUCGGCGAGGACAACAGUAAGGAUGAUACGAGGAUGGUUGCAGAACAGGGCGUCAAAGAUUUGAAGGGAUUUUGGAGGGCUGAGUUCCGCCAUCUUGAACCUCUGGAGGGGAAGCAUAAAGGAUGGGGAACUGAACACCACAGCAAGCAUUACAAAAACAUCCAAUAUCAACGCAGACGCCAUCUUGCUUUGGCGCGGAAUUUACUGAUGUCACACGCCCUCUAUGAUGAAGAAUACGUACUGUGGUUAGACAGCGACGUGAUGGAAUUUCCAAAGGAUUUGAUUGAACAACUGUUGCAACCCGAUAAAGACAUCAUUGUGCCCAACUGUUUGAUACGUUACGUUGGUAACGUGGUGUUGCCAUACGACUUAUCAAGUUGGCGGGAAACGCAGGCGUCACUUGCAUACCAGGCGUCGAAGAAGCCAGAUUAUUUGUUCCUGGAAGGUCAUAACCAAAAAAGACCAAAACGAACUUACCUCAAUGAUCUAAAACGGGAGGGAAAACUCGUCAAGCUGGAUGGAGCCGGUUCCUGUGUGAUUUUAAUCAAAGCGAUUCACUUUAGAACUGGUUUAAACUACCCGAGUUUCGUCUUCAUGAACCAGAUUGAGUCCGAGGGCUUGGCGAGAGUGGCGGCCGCCAUGGAUUUACGAAUCUGGGGGCUGCCAUUUUUAGAAGUGUUUCACGCAUGUGACUUUGAGUCUGCGCAUUGGACUUGCCCGCAGUGAUAAAAGAUCAAAAUAAUUUGGCAAGUUUAGUCGCGAUAUUUCCAGCCGUUGCUUCGAAACUUCUCCGAAGUGGCCUGAUAUCCUCCAAUCUUCCAAUACUCUUUUUACCCCUGAAACCGGAAGAGACCAAAUGUAGACGGUCUAUCACUAAGCAACCGUUACUAACGGCGAGAUUGGAUAUCUUCGAAGCACCCAGCGCCACCUAGGGAUCGGCUCAGAAUCGGGGCCUCGAGAGUGACAUGAAGACCUUGGGUCAUUCUUAGAAGGAACUGGAGAGGAUCGCUAGGGACAGAAGCCUCGCUCUCAGUGGAGCGAUGGGUUAAAGUGGGCUAUUUUUCAAAAAUAAGAAAGGACGUCAAUGAGGGUCAGGGAGGUGAAAUAUAUCUAUACACAAGGUCAUUUUCUGAUAACAUAUCUUCCCACUUAGAGUAAGUAAUUGUAUCUCUACAUCCUCUUUUACUUAACAACACAAUAC